AUGUUCAUGAUUAAAGAUGAAGUAGAAUUUUCUAUACCUAUCGAAUGCGACUGCGACAUACGUGUUUCUAUUUGCAACGCGCUUUGUUUGAGACGCUGCAAAGUCCACAAUGAGCUGCUGUUCAAAGUGUCGGCUGGCAAGGAUUUCAGAAUACGCAAGAUGCCGUGGAUAUUCUCAUGGUUCAAGAAGAACAAGUCGCAACCUGCCCUUGGUCCAGAAGUUGAUUACAACUCAACUCGAUCGGAGCAAGGAUAUGCUAAGAUCCCUGGCGUUGGAACUGUUGAUCUGAAUUGCAGUCGAAAGACUGUACACCUUCCCAGUGUAACCUCGGAAGAGUCCUCGGAUGAUGAAUAUCGUGACCGGAGAAGCACGCAACUUAGGAAGUCCAUAGUUUGUCCGAAAUCUGCAUUGGUUGAUUCGAGAGGGUCAAUGACUGUCACUGAGCUCUACCUCGGGCCCAACAAAUCUCCAGUUUGCAUAAUCCUCGCUGAGGAGUACGAAUCUUACAAACCCCCGAAGGCUUGUCGGCAAAGGUCACGAACUCCAUUGUGA